CUGGUUGACAAGGAGCCGAAUCAAAGAUGGCGCUGCGACCAGGCGGUGGCGGCGGUGGUAGCAGCAGCAAUGGCACUGGCGGUAACGGCAGUGGCUUCAUGUUCCCAGUAUCAGGGGGAUUAGUUCCUCCCCAAGGAAUGAUGUCCAUGCAACAGCAGCAGCAGCAACCGCAGGGAUUCCCCAUGGUACCUGUGAUGCAGCCCAACAUACAGGGCAUGAUGGGAAUGAAUUUUGGUUCACAGAUGCCUCCAGGAGCAAUACCCAUGCAGAGUGGAAUGGCAAUGGGACCAAUGCCACCAGCCGGAAUGUCAUUUAUGCCACAGCAUCAUUACAUGGGGAUUCGUCCUUCUCCGCCACAGUACACUCCAGAUAUGCAAAAACAGUUUGCUGAAGAGCAGCAGAAACGAUUUGAACAGCAGCAAAAGAUGAUGGAAGAGGAGCGAAAGCGACGGCAGUUCGAAGAACAGAAACAAAAGUUGCGUCUUCUGAGUAGUGUGAAGCCUAAGCUCGGGGAAAAGAACCGGGAUGAUGCCUUGGAAGCCAUUAAAGGAAACCUUGCUGGAUUCACAAGGGAUGCAAAGAUGCACCCAGGCCCUUCUUCACUUCCUAAUAAAUCAGAUGCUCCCCAGUCAUCCCUAUCAGCUGCCCCUCCUUCCCAAUCCCCUGCCUUUCCUGACGAUGAAGAAUUCAGUGACUUUAUUCAAGGGCCUGAAUCUGCCGCACCUGCGGCUCCCACCAGUUUCCAGUCUUUCCAACCCUUCCACCCCACAUUACAGUCUGGGCUGCAGUCUGAGAACGCUGCAGUUCCAGCACAGCCUGUUGCUUCAGCCCAUCCCUCAGCUGCAAUUUCAUUGUAUGCUACAGCAGGUCACUCAGCAAAAAACAGCCAAGGCCCUUCAUUGGAGGAGAAAAUGUUUGCUUCCUGUGAUCUCAGCAUGCCUAAGCAGGCAAAUGUUAAAUUUAACCAGUCUCAACCCUUGGCUGACAUUGGGUCUAAAGCCUCAGUCUCAACUCAGUUUCAGCCCAGUGCCAAGGCCUGUAACUGGGCAAUCCAAACUGAAAACCUCGCUGGUGUAUUCACAACAGACAGGCCAAAGGAUUCCGAACCAGAGACAGCUGCCAGAGAGAGUGGAGUGUACCCACCACAGGAAACAAUUCAGCCAAUGUUACCACCUUGGCUUUUCAAUGACAGUCUUGUCCCAGAACUCUACAAGAAAGUUCUAGAAGCUACUCUUACCCCAGCGGGCAUUGAUACAGCAAAGCUUUACCCAAUUCUUCUCUCGUCUGGCUUACCAAGGGAGAUUCUGGGUCAGAUAUGGGCUUUUGCCAAUCGAGCAACACCAGGCAAACUUACAAAAGAGGAGCUCUACACUGUAUUGGCUAUGAUAGCUAUGUCGCAGAGAGGCGUACCUGCACUGAAUCUUGAAAAUCUGAACCAGUUUCCAUCUGCUCCUAUACCUACGUUAAGUGGGACUCCACUGACAUUGCCUACUUCAGUGCCACAGCAACCUAUGAUAUCGGUGCCAACUGGCGGAAGUGCAUCUAUGUCUGUGCGUCCAGGCCAGUCUGUGGUAGGAAUGAAUCUUCCUGUACCAGUAGGUGGCAGUACGACCCAAGUUUCCAGCAGUUUUGUGACCUCUUUCCCUGGCGGCCAGCCUGCAAAAUCCGACGAUGACGAUUUCCAGGAGUUUCAGGAGGCUCCCAAGCCCAGCACAGUUGAUGACUCAUUCAAGGGAUUCAAGAAUGAAACCUCUGGAAGCUUAUCAAAAACAGCAACCACACAGAGCACAAUCAGCACGCACACAUUACUGACCCCAAUUUCAGGAACCUCUGCACCUUCUUCAGUGGACAAAUAUGCUGUCUUUAAGGACUUGACAGAAGAUAAACCUGCAGAUAGCUCUUCAUUUGCAGAUUUUGGUGACAAAUACAGUGUUUUUCGUGAACUUGGCCAGAGUGCAGAGAAUAAAUCCUCAGGGGAGGGCUUUGCAGAAUUCAAGUCACCAGGAAAUGAUGAUGGAUUCACAGACUUCAAAACUGCAGACAGCAUUUCACCAGUAGACUCAUCAGAGCAAGCAAAGGCAUUCUCAACAACAUUUCCUUCUGUGCCAUAUCUUCAACCGCAACUGCAACCAGUAACACAGCCUAAAGACUCUUUCAAUCUCUCGGACCUUUUUACCUCUGUCAGUAGCACUGGAGAGAGCAGUUCUGUGUCAUUUCCACCAGUUUUUGUGACAUCAUCCAUUUCCUCAUCUGUAUGUGUUACAUCUUCAUUGUCAUCACUAUCAUCUGGUACUUUUUCCACAGCCGGUAGCAAAACUGCUGGUGGAACUGAUGACUUUGGCGAUUUCAGUCUUUUUGGUGUAGCAGCCAGCACUACUUCAGGUGGGGGUUGGGGUCAGGAUGAAUUUGCUGAUUUUAUAGCUUUUGGCAGCUCCAACACCACUGGAUCCUCUGAACAAAAGUCAAAUGAUAAAUAUAGUGUUUUCAGGCAGGAGAAGAAUGAUGGCUUCACAGCAUCUUUUGAUGCCUCACUUGGCACAGCAGAAGGUGGACAACAACCUUCAACCACUGCUGUAGACAAAUAUGAUGUCUUUAAACAGAUACCUGAAGAAGGGUCUGUAAUGGGCUUUGAGGAACAAAAAGACAAUUCCUCCCUUUCCCAAGAAAAGAAUGAGGAUGACUUCCCAGUUACCAAGCUGUCCCUUGCAUUCGGCACCUCGGACAAGGCUUUUGUAGACAAACUUUCUGCUUUUAAACAGGCAAAGGAAGACUCUGCCUCAGUGAAAUCUUUGGACCUUCCUUCAAUUGGUGGGAGUAGUAUUGGUAAAGAGGACUCAGAAGAUGCCUUAUCCGGUCAGUUUGACAUGAAGUCAGCAGAGGUUGGUGGUGAUUUGAAGCAUGUGUUGUCUGACAGCUCGCUGGAUUUACCACCUGUCAUUGGUCAGCCGCCUCCAGUUACAGAUAUGGAUGACUUUAAAUUUGACCCCUUUGGUAACUUCAGUAAUGGUUCUGCAGUGAGCAGUCUAACCAGUUAUGAUUGGUCUGAGAAGGAUGAUUUUGGCGCCCAGAUGAAGAAGCAGCCGCCGUUCUUGCUCAACUCUGAAGGCAGCUCCUUGUCCUCCACCUCAGUGCUUCAGAAGAAAGAGACCUCUUUCGGUAGCUCCGAGAACAUCACUAUGACAACUGUCUCCACGGUAACAACAUUCUCAGCUGAUGAUGCAAGUUCACAGCACAACUUUGAUGCUUUUGGAGACCUCAAAGAUUCUGCAGAACAGACUGAAGAGAAAAAAGGAGGCGGCAGUGAUUUGGGGGACUUUGCAGUUACUUCAUCCAGGGAGGGACAAAUAACUAAGCCUAAUGAAUCAAACCUGGAUGAAGCAGAGCAAAGGACUGCAGUCUCAGUCACAAAUGGGGUAUCUUCUGAGGGGACAAAAGCUGAAGUCUUUGAUGAAUUUGGAGAAUUCCAAAGCGAAAAGCCUAAAAUUAGUAAAUUUGAUUUUCUUGUGGCUAGUUCCCAGGGCAAGGUGAAGUCCAGUGAGGAAAUGAUCAAGAGUGAGAUGGAAACCUUUGACCUUUCAGUGCAAGGAUCUCAUAAAAGGAGUCUAAGUCUUGGGGAUAAAGAAGUAACCCAUGCAGUACCAGCUUCAGAACAGCCUUUCAGGGACAGAUCAAAUACUCUGAAUGAAAAGCCAGCGCCACUACCAGUCAUCAGGGACAAGUAUAAGGACCUAACUGGAGAAGUGGAGGAGAAUGAACGCUAUGCUUUUGAAUGGCAAAGAUGUUUAGAAAGUGCAUUACAGGUCAUCAGGAAGGCCAGUGAUACCUUGAAUGGAAUCAGCAGUUCAACUGUGUGUAGUGAAGUCAUCCAGUCAACACAAGGCAUGGAAUAUCUCUUGGGGGUGAUAGAGGUGUAUAGAGUGACCAAACGUGUUGAGCUUGGAAUUAAAGCAACAGCAGUAUGCAAUGAGAAGCUCCAGCAGCUGAUGAAGGAAAUAGAGAAGAUUUGGAGUAGCUUGAUGAUAUUCAUGUCUCUCACACCCCUCACGCCAGAUGAGAAUUCGCUGGAUUUCUCCUCCUGCAUUCUACGUCCCGGGAUUAAAAAUGCAAAAGAGCUAGCUUGUGGAGUGUGCCUGCUUAAUGUUGAUUCCAGAAGCAAGGAGGAAGAAAACUUGGAGGAUCAUCCUAGACAAGCCUUCAACUCAGAGAGUGACAAUUUUAAAUUGUCUUAUGGCGGUCACCAGUAUCAUGCCAGCUGUGCUAAUUUCUGGAUUAAUUGUGUGGAGCCUAAACCACCAGGCCUCAUCCUACCAGACCUGCUUUGACCUAUCUUCAUGGGAAUUGAAGGAUAUCAAACUUAAUUUAUCCGCUGCUUGCACAUCACUGACAUUUCACAUAAAUUGGAGGAUGUAACCCAUAAUGAAAAUCAACUUGCAACUUGUUUUAAGUAUAUUUAAUAUGCACCAAAGUUGUUUUGAAGUUAUUUACACAAGUCACUAUCUAAGAAAAAUUUAAGUUAUAUGAUUGCUGAAAGAUUCUCCUUCCAGAAAAUAUGCAGCAGUACUUCAGAUUCAAACAGACCUAAUGCUUAUCUGUCUGUUCUUAGGCACUUGAAGUCCAGGGUUGCAUUGCAGUUGAUAGAUACAGUGAGGCGGCAUUGGUAUAAAUGUUACAGGAUUUUAAAUGGGCAGACUUACUGGGAAGUGUUAGCCUCAUUUUGAUUUUGUAAUUAUAUGAAAGGAUACUAAAGUCUUUAUUUUAAAUGAUCUAAAUGUCUGAUAGUCAAAUGAGUUACGUCUCACUUCACAUCAUUUAGAUGUCCUUAACUUUCAAUAGUUCUUAGCGAAAAGUGAAUUAACUGGAUGAUGGUUGUUACGUGCUUCCUAACUUAAUGUGGUAAGGGAAAGCACAAAAUUUAUAAUGCACAGGUGGGCACAGAAUUGAACUAACAUCAAAACCUUGUACAGGUCCAUUUCCUCACUUUUCUUGAAUUCCAGGUAGAAAAUGGCAGAGUGGAGGUGAAGACUUAAAAACAUUUACAAAACAUAUCCAGCGGAUAUGUAUUGUGUUACUUGAUGGGACCAAUGAUCUUUGUAAUGUGAAAGCUCUUAGAAAUUGACCAAUCUAGUUAAUCGCUAUGUGAAUUUUAAAAAUCUCCCUAAAUGAUCACAUAGAGUAAGAUCUUGCAAACUGCAUUUGUUUGUUUUCUAAAAUAUAUGUUUGUCUAGACUGUCAAAUGCAACCACAGUUGAGCUCACGUUUGAGCUCAAUUUGAAGCAAUGGUUAUCAAAGUCCAUUGAUAUUCAGUGGGGGUAACUUUGUUAUUGGCAAUUGCUGUGAAAUGGAUCACAUGCAACCAGCUGCCUUCUAUGCAUUUCUCUGAUGAGAGAUGGAUAACAUGUAGCUAAGUUGAUAUUGUCUAUUUUACACCAUCACCCACAGCCAAAGUUUUCCUGAUAUAUCCACUAACUCAUAUUAAUAUAUCUUCUGAUAAUCUCAAAGUAUGCACAGAAUUAGUUUAAUUUAUGAAAAUGUCACCAGUGUAAAUUGUCAAAGUACACCACUAAAAUUGUAUUUGGGAAGGCAUUGAGGCAGUGUUGUGCUUUUUGUAGGUUCCUCUUGGUUGCAGUUUAAUGUUUAUCUAGAUCUCAUGCAGUUAAGAUGUCAUUAUUAAAACACCCCAGUUUCCCUGGGAAAAGAAUUCAGUGUUCUUGUGCAGUGUACAAAUUGAUAUGAAUUUUUGUUAGUACAGUUCAGCACUGCUUGGUUAAACAUUUAUAUUUAUUUAUAUGUCUAUAUGUAAAAUAUCAUUAAAAUUAUGCUUCUUUCCUUCCCUUUUAAUGCAGAUCUUACACUGGUCACUGUUAUGUUUGCGCAAUGAUUAGCUAACAAAGAGGAUGCUCAUUAUGGUGCAGUUCAUGAUGCACCUUAUUAAAAUGUGGAAUGCAUCAGCCAAGUAUUCCAGUAUCUCUGGAAUGGCUAUAUUGGUUUUGAUCACUGGUAUAUGUGUUGGGAUAAUGGCACUUCAUAGAAUUUGGUGUGUUUGAUUGUGCUUGUUGGGGAGCAUUGCAUGGCUAGAUUCUUUUCCUUGAAUAACCAUUACAAGCUUAAAUUCUUGCGGCAGAAGUUCAGUUUUAUAAUAAUAUGUCUACUUCAAGAAACAGUUUAAAUUGACUAAAUUUGCUGCUAAAAUAACAGAAAUAGAGUACGUUGAACUUUUAGUCUGAACUGAGCCAGGUGCAGUGAAAAUAAUAUUGAUCACUGUACAAUAAAUUCUGUGAAGGUUGCAAAAUUACUCUCCAUGAUCAUGUUAUUUUAUCUUUCAAGGACUCAGCUCUGACUUUGUCGAUUGAAACUUUUGCUAACUUUUGUGAAGAAAUAAAUAUGUGUUGAAUAUUUUAAGAUGAACUUCACUAUUAGUUGAGUGGACGGAAUGGAAGAAACAACUCCAGGCAGUAUUUGCAUUAUCUGCACGGUCUUUUAAACGAUACAACUCCAUUUUCUCGUCUGUAGUGUUUAAAUGAAGUACAGGAGCAACCUCAAUGCUUUCCCUGAGUUGGUUUUAAUCCGCCCUGUGUGUGAGGACUAGGGAUGGGGGCAAUGCAUCUUUUAAUUUAUCUUGUAUAUAAGAUGAGCAAUCUUAACUGUAAUUGCAUUUUAAUGUUAAUUUUACGUUUGUUAACAUUCUGUGGCAAUUGUUUUCCACGUGGUGUUUGUAAUCAUGGUGUGGUCAGGGAAGGGGCUAUUUCCAGACUUCCUUUGAUUGAACGAGUUUUUUGCUAAAUUUGACUGUCUGCAUCAUUUUGCUGAUUACUGGUAAUGGGAUAAAAUGCUUUAUGCUCAUUCAACAUGAGAGAUUAACAGCAUGAUUGAAAGUUUUAAAUGCAUCAUCAAUCGCAAUAUUGUAUUGCACCUCAAACCUUGCUGUUCGAGUUUGCAGGUAAAAUGUAUGUGUCACGUAUUGGCUACUUUUUCUUGGCAUGCAUUUCUAAAAAUGGACAUUGUUUAUUGUUUUGGCAUGCUUUUAAAUUAUAAUUUUAAUAAAGAAUGUAGGAUGAAAGUGUGUUUAUAAUCAUGUUAAUUGUCAAGAUUUUUGAUGGAUUUUUAAAAAAACUUAGUGAAGGUAAUGACUGUAACAGUCUCUCGUUAGCAAUUUAGUGUAAUUGGAUGGCAUUUCGCUGCAAUGACUCAGCACCAGAUUUAACAUCAGAUUGGGUUCCUCCUCAUUGCCAAGAACUCUAGUGUCCUAGGUUACUGUUUCCAAGGUGACGUUCUCGUUGCUGUAGAAACCAAGUGCUUCAUUACAGAAUGUGCAGCAGUCAUUCUUGUGCAGCAGGUUUCAUCCACUUGUGGAAACAUUAAUACUUCCUAUGUUUGAAAUUAUACUUCAGUAAAUUCAUUGGAAAAUCUCAGUUGUCCCCAUCAAGGAUGGAACUAAACACAAACUGUAUAUGCUGAAAAAUUUCGCAACAGCAAUUCAAAAAUCGAAAGCCACAUUUUUGAAAAUUUAGCAGUCUGUUUUUACUACAAGCUUUAGAUCCAUAAAUUAAAUCUGAACAAAAACUAUUUGCUUAGUUCUUUAUGUAGCUUUGUCUGUCACAAAAUUUUGAUGUUUGCAAUUAAGUUGGAGAUACACUUGAUGCAUUGAAAUUCUUAAGAAUGUGGAAUGCACAGGAUCGGGUUUAAAAAAAACUAUUGUGCCCUGUCCUACUUGGGAAUUAUCAUGUUGCAUAACACCUCUCAGGCAUCACAAUCAAAUUUUUCUUCAGGUUAUUUAUUUGUAAGAAUAUUAAGGUCAGCUUUACAGUAAAUCAAAAGAUGUGAUAUGGAAACUGGCAGCAUAGACUUUGUGUUUAAACAGAAAGCUUACCUCAGUUCUUCCCUUCAUAUCUUACUGUUCUCCAAGCCGUGCUUUGGUGUGCUUGAGUGGGUAGGAUUCUAAUCUUGGGUCUCUAUCAAUGUUGCUAUUGCUAUGAAUCAGCAGAGCCAAUCUGAAUCUUUUUGCAUUUUCGUCUGAAAGUGAAAACUGCUGAUUUUGGUAAUGGGAAGUUGGAGUGUAACAUGAGAACAGAAUACAUAAAUUUACAUAUUGAGUAUGGACUUGGAUCGAAAUAAUUUUAAAACUAAUUAUCUGUUCUGUCCACAGAUGCAGUUUGAUCUGCAGUGUUUCUGGCAUUUCCUGGUUUCUCUUUGUUUCCCAGAUUCUCCUACAUUUGGCCUAAUGGCUCUGAAUUAAGGAGAGAAAAAUUAGCUUCCAUUCCAGAUCUCCAUGAUGAGCACUAAGAUUGAGGAGGUGGUCACUGAUCAGAUCACGCUUGGCUGUGACAUUUUCUGCAUUCAGAAAUCCUUGAGCUUUCUUUUAGAGGCAUACACAGAAAUAACAACUAGUUAUAAAGAGGUCCUGGAAAUUUACAGUUUGUUGUGUCUGCACCAGUUCUCCCAAUGAGUAAUAUACUUUGUGCAGCACCCCUGUUUUCUCCCUGUAAUCCUGCAUGUAUUUCCUUUUUAGAUAUUAAUUCAAUUCUCUCUUGAAGGCUUCAAUUGAAUUUGCCUCUACCGUACACUUAUGCAGCACAUUUCAGAUCUGAACCACUUACUGCUUAGAAAUGUUUUUCCUCAUAUCUCCAUCGCUGUUUUUACCUCAUCCUUUGACCAAUGAGAAUAGGUUUUCCCUAUCAACUGUCUUGACUGCUCAUGAUUUUGAAUACCUCUGUCAAAUCUCCUCUCAAUCUUCUCUUUUCCAAAGAAUGUAAUCUGCCAAAUAAAAAUCUAUCUGAAGUUCUGAAACUUACAUUUAAACUCCAAUCUCAAUAAAUAUAGUUGGGGAAACAGUUCCAGAUUUCCAAUACUCUGUGUGGAAAAACUGCUUUCCAACAUUACCUCUGAAUGGUCUGGCUCUAAUUUUAAACUCUCAAUCUUCUGGGAUUCUUCAGAGAAAAUAGUAUCUUUCAUGAUACCCCUUUCAAAUUCUUUACUCAUUGUAAGUGCCUCAUAUAGAUCACCCCAUAAUCUUCUACAGAAGCCUAGUUUACACAGCCAGUCAUCAUUAACCCCUUAAUCCAAGGUCAUAAGUCAUAGAGGUUUACAGCAUGGAAAUGGGACGUUUGGUCCAACUUGUCUGUGUCCAGUUUUCACAAUUAAACUAUCUGUCUGCAACAAAAACAGAAAUUGCUGGAAAAGGUCAGCAGGUCUGGCAGCAUCUGGGAAGAGAAGUCAGAGUUAAUGUUUCAGAUCUGGUGACCCUUCCUCAGAACAGUUCUGAGCUUUUCUAGCAAUUUCUUUUUUUGUUUCUAAUUUACAGCAUCUGCAGUUCUUUUUGGUUCCUGUUUGUCUGCAUUUGGUCCACAUCCCUCCAUACCAAUCCCAUUCAUGUACUUCUCCAAGUGGUAAUGCUUUUAAUCCUCCCAAGGCCAGUAUAUCCCCUGAGAUGUACUCCAAAAGCAAAGGUUCAGUCUGAUCAGCAGGAGGAAUGUUGCAAUUAACUGCACUACUCGGGUCUGAGGAGGGGAAAAUCAGUCAGGAAUCUGGCAGUCAGGAUAUCUAACAGUCCCUGUUUGUUUGAACAUUGUAGAUGUGGAUUGCCCAAGACCUAAUAGUCUACUAAAAGUCACUUCUAAACUCAACUGGCAACUCCUUGUGUGUGAUGGAGUGGCUGCUGUUACUUUUCUGAAGCAAACUGGCAAAAAGAAUUAGUGGAAAAGCCCCUCUCUCCAGUGAUGUUGUUGUUAACUCAGUGGAAUUUUUUUAAAAAUUCAUUUACGGAAUGAGGGUAUCACUGACUAGGCAGCAUUUAUUGUGCUUCCGUAAUUGCCCAUAGGGUAGUUAAGAGUCACAUGUAGGCCAGGCAAGGAUGGCAGUUUCCUUUCCUGAAGGAUAUUGGUGAAACAGAUGGGUUUUUCCCCCAGUAAUCAACAAUGGAUUCACAUUCAUCAUUAGAUUCUUAAUUCCACCAUCUGCUGUGGUGGGAUUUGAACCCAGGUCCCCAGCAUGUUGUCUGGUUCUCUGGAUUAACAGUCCAGUGGUAAUACCACUAGGCCAUCGCCUCCCCUGUAAUCCAGAACAUUGGAAUUUAAAUCCAACUGUGGUGAAGGAGAAUUUGAAUUCCGUUUAAAAACAAAUCUGGAAAUCCUAAAGAGUUGAUUUCUUUUUUAAAAAAGAUCAUUAUUGGAUUGUCAUUAAAUCUCUGAUUUAUUAAGACCUAUAGAGGAAAAAACCUACUAAUCUUACCCUGUUUGACCCGAAUGUGACUUCAGUCCAAACUGUUUGACUCUUAACUGUGUUCUGAAAUACUUGGCAAAUCAUUCAGAGCAAUUACGUCUAGACAGUGGAUAUCAGAGGCAUCACACCAUAAGGCUAAAUAAUUUAACGAGAAUUCAGAUACACCCAUAUACUGUUGAGCUUUGAAUGUAACUGUGUUAAUUCUGAUGAAGAGUCACUGGACUCAAAACAUUAACUCUGUUUUCACCCCACAGAUACUGACAGAUCUGCUGGGUUUCACGAGCAAUUUCUGCUCUUGUUUCAGAGAUCCAGCAUCUGCAGUUCUUUAUUUUAUUAAGAUACACGCUUUUGUACUUGUUACCUCAAAGUGCCUCCUUGCAUUUGUUCUGCCUCAGUUGUCCAGAAACUCUUCAAAAGUUAAGUCAAUUAUAUUUAAACAGGGUGAGAUCUUGUGCUUUGCAAGAACUUUGGCAAGUGUAUCAAUUUACUAUGUACUUGAUUUUUCAGAAUUAUUCUAUUGGUAGUGUAAAUCUUGCUUAAAUUAGUAAAAUUAGAUUGCAGGAACUAGGUGUAAACUGCAGAAUAACAAAGUGU